GAGUUGUUGUUGUCCAUGUGCGGACUUUUCCUCUGCAGACAUGUCGGGCAGCAGGUUCAUGAGAGCCAUCAGAGUCCGGGAGUUUGGAGCUCCGUCAGUCCUCAGACUGUGUUCAGAUGUUCCUGUCCCUCAACCUGGACUCACACAGGUGUUGAUCCAAGUCCACGCCUGCGGUGUGAACCCUGUGGAAACGUACAUCCGCUCUGGAUCCUUUGCCCGGAAGCCAGCUUUGCCGUACACACCGGGUUCUGAUGUGGCCGGCGUGGUGGAGGCCGUCGGAGAGGAAGUCACCGCAGUGAAGGCAGGAGACCGUGUGUUCACCACAGCCACGGAGUCUGGAGGUUACGCAGAGUUUACUGUAGCUGCUGAGAACUGUGUUCACAAGCUGCCUGAUGCUCUGGACUUCUCACAGGGAGCAGCCAUCGGUGUACCGUACUUCACUGCCUACAGAGCCCUGGUUCACAAAGCUCGUGUCACCGCUGGAGAGACUGUCCUCGUUCAUGGAGCGAGCGGUGGGGUGGGAGUGGCAGCGUGCCAGAUAUCCCGCGCUCUGGGUCUGAGGGUUUUGGGGACAGCAGGAACACCAGACGGGGCGAAGCUGGCUCUGAGUAACGGAGCUCACCUGGUCUUCAGUCACAGAGAGGAGGGAUACACCGACAGAAUCAUGGAGGCCACAGAGGGCCGAGGUGUGGACGUGAUCGUGGAGAUGCUGUCUAAUGUGAACCUGGGCAAAGACCUCCAGAUGUUGGCCUAUGGAGGACGCGUCGCGGUCGUUGGCUCCAGAGGUCCGGUAGAGAUCAACCCCAGGGACACCAUGAUGAAAGAGAGCAGCAUCGUAGGGGUGGCCCUUUUCCGUUCAACACCGGAGGAGAAGAAGGAGUGUGCAGCGCUGCUUCUCUCAGGGAUGGAGGCUGGUUGGCUGCGUCCGGUCGUUGGCCCCCAUUAUCCACUGGACCAGGCUGCGCAGGCUCACCAUGACAUCAUCGAGUGUCCUGGGGCUGCUGGGAAAAUUGUCCUGACCAUGUAACGGCCUGAUCACGAGAGGGGAGUUAAUAAAUAUUAACAUGUACAAGAAUAAAAGUGAAUUGAAAAAUAAACCCAUUCACAUAUAAAA